AGUCUUGCGUGAUGAACUUCAACGAAUCCGAAAAAUGUUUGGUUCCAUCAGAGAAAAAAUCCGUAGUAACAAAAAAAACAGAAGAAAAUUCUUGCGACAAGGAUCCUGAGCAAUCGCGUCAAUUACCGAAUGCUAGUCAAGUUUCAGGUAAUAAGAAAAGUAUGAAUAUUAUUAUUACAGCUGUGACAAUUGUAAUAGUGGUAUUAGUGGUAUUAAUAAUUCUAUUAAGAUUAUUUAUUCGAAGACGUAAAGGCCUUGUGGAGAAGUCUUGCCAUGAAGAAAAUGAGAAUCCACAAAACCUGUAUGUGGAAAUACAUGAAACCAAUAAAAAAAUUAAAUAUGGCGCGAACGCAGGAAAAUCAGAAGUGCAAUAUGCAGAAUUGAUGCUGCGCGAUUCACAAAACAAGGAACCUGAGCUUGUACAAGAUAAAAUAAUUUACUCGAAAAUUGCGGGCGUUAUAUUGCCUCGAGAUAGAAAAUCAGAAAAAUAAAAAGGAGAAUGCGGAGUGAAUCCUGACAGCGUUUAAAACCAUAUCUAUAGUUUAUUUAUAUUAUUAACACGAACUAAUUUUAUGCCAA